CAGGGGGCGGGAGGAAGCGGGAGGAACUCCGUCGUCCUCCGCGCGCGCCUGCCCGCGGCUGGGGAACCGAAGGCCUGGAGGGGAAACAGCUCCCUGCGGCGUUGUUUUGGGCUCCGUGAGCCGAAAGGGGGAGGGGAGAGGAAGCAGAAGCAAACACUGCGCAGUGGCACCGUGCGCGGCCUCCACUCCUGCGUGCGUGCGCUCGCUCGCGCGGGCUUAGUGCUGGCGCGUGAGGCGGAGGCGGGCGGCGGCGGCGGCGCCUGCGCGGUCGGACUCGGUCGACGGUUCGCAGGGGAGGAGGCGGCGGGAGGCGGAGGAGGCGGCGGCGGCGAUGGAGGUGAAGCGGCUGAAAGUGACCGAGCUGCGGUCAGAGCUGCAGCGGCGGGGCUUGGACUCGCGCGGCCUCAAGGUGGAUCUGGCGCAGCGGCUGCAGGAGGCGCUGGACGCCGAGAUGCUCGAGGACGAGGCCGGCGGCGGCGGGGCCGGGCCCGGCGGGGCCUGCAAGGCGGAGCCUCGGCCUGUGGCCGCGUCGGGCGGCGGCCCGGGCGGGGAGGAGGAGGAGGACGAAGAGGAGGAGGAGGAGGACGAGGAGGCGCUGCUUGAGGACGAGGACGAGGAGCCACCCCCUGCUCAGGCCUUGGGUCAGGCCGCGCAGCCGCCGCCGGAGCCCCCGGAGGCGGCAGCCAUGGAGGCCGCGGCCGAGCCAGAUGCUUCCGAGAAGCCGGUGGAGGCCACGGUCGGGUCAGGCGGGGUAAAUGGUGGCGAAGAGCAGGGCCCCGCCAAGGGGGAGGAAGACGAACCCGAGGAACGGAGCGGGGACGAGACGCCGGGAUCCGAGGUGCCGGGUGACAAGGCCGCCGAGGAACAGGGAGAUGACCAAGAUAGUGAAAAGUCAAAACCAGCAGGCUCAGAUGGUGAGCGGCGGGGGGUAAAGAGACAGCGGGAUGAGAAGGAUGAACAUGGCCGAGCUUACUAUGAAUUCCGAGAGGAGGCUUACCACAGCCGCUCAAAGUCUCCACUGCCUCCUGAAGAAGAGGCAAAAGAUGAGGAGGAGGAUCAAACUCUUGUGAACCUGGACACGUAUACCUCGGAUCUGCAUUUUCAAGUGAGCAAAGACCGCUAUGGAGGGCAGCCACUUUUCUCAGAGAAGUUCCCCACCCUUUGGUCUGGGGCAAGGAGUACUUACGGAGUGACAAAGGGAAAAGUCUGCUUUGAGGCAAAGGUAACCCAGAAUCUCCCAAUGAAAGAAGGCUGCACAGAGGUCUCUCUCCUUCGAGUUGGGUGGUCUGUUGAUUUUUCCCGUCCACAGCUUGGUGAAGAUGAAUUCUCUUACGGUUUCGAUGGACGAGGACUCAAGGCAGAAAAUGGACAGUUUGAGGAAUUUGGCCAGACUUUUGGGGAGAAUGAUGUUAUUGGCUGCUUUGCUAAUUUUGAGACUGAAGAAGUAGAACUUUCCUUCUCCAAGAAUGGAGAAGACCUAGGUGUGGCGUUCUGGAUCAACAAGGAAUCCCUGGCAGACCGGGCCCUUCUACCCCAUGUCCUCUGCAAAAAUUGUGUUGUAGAAUUAAACUUUGGUCAGAAGGAGGAGCCCUUCUUCCCACCACCAGAAGAGUUUGUGUUCAUUCAUGCUGUGCCUGUUGAGGAGCGUGUGCGCACUGCAGUCCCUCCCAAGACCAUAGAGGAAUGUGAGGUUAUUCUGAUGGUGGGACUACCAGGAUCUGGAAAGACCCAGUGGGCACUGAAAUACGCAAAAGAAAACCCUGAGAAAAGAUACAAUGUCCUGGGAGCUGAGACUGUGCUCAAUCAAAUGAGGAUGAAGGGGCUCGAGGAGCCAGAGAUGGACCCCAAAAGCCGAGACCUUUUAGUUCAGCAAGCCUCCCAGUGCCUUAGUAAGCUGGUCCAGAUUGCUUCCCGGACAAAGAGGAACUUUAUUCUUGAUCAGUGUAAUGUGUACAAUUCUGGCCAACGGCGGAAGCUAUUACUGUUCAAGACCUUCUCUCGGAAAGUGGUGGUGGUUGUCCCUAAUGAGGAAGACUGGAAGAAGAGGCUGGAAUUGAGGAAGGAAGUAGAGGGAGAUGAUGUGCCUGAAUCUAUAAUGCUGGAGAUGAAAGCCAACUUCUCUUUGCCUGAAAAAUGCGACUAUAUGGAUGAGGUGACAUAUGGGGAGCUGGAGAAGGAGGAAGCUCAGCCCAUUGUCACUAAGUACAAGGAGGAGGCGAGGAAGCUUCUGCCCCCCUCCGAGAAGCGGACAAACCGCCGAAACAACCGAAACAAGCGUAACCGGCAGAACCGAAGCCGGGGCCAAGGCUAUGUGGGCGGGCAGCGCCGAGGCUACGACAACCGGGCCUACGGGCAGCAGUACUGGGGGCAGCCUGGAAACAGAGGGGGUUACCGUAAUUUCUAUGAUCGAUACAGGGGAGACUAUGAUCGAUUUUACGGGCGAGAUUAUGAGUACAACAGAUACAGAGACUAUUACAGACAAUACAAUCGGGAUUGGCAGAGUUACUACUACCACCACCCCCAGGACAGAGACCGAUACUACAGGAACUACUACGGUUACCAAGGGUAUCGGUGAAGCCCCUGCCAUGGUCACCUGUCAGCCAUGAAGCUGAAUCUCUGGGGGUGCCAGGCACCCCCGCAAAACACAACCAAGGAAAACAGGGGCUGUCGGGGUGGGGCUGAGCUGCCGGGGAGGGGCGGUAGGGGGGAGGGUGCUCAAGGAGGGGGGGGGGGGGGGGGAGGUGGAAACAACGAAACUGUACAUUUUUUUUAAAGUUUGUUGAAAAGAAUAUUGUCUUAUUCUAUAAAACAUUUCAAACCUAGUUAGAGAUUUGUAAUCAAAAAACAUUUGCGCAGAAAGCAGCACUUAGGGCUGCCUGUUCUAUACCCUGCAGUCAGACAGGAAAAGAACUGAAAAUGGCACCCUUCUGACAUUCUGAGGCAGCUGGACUGGCAGCCAAGUAAAGGAGAGUGAUGAGGUGGUGUGGGGAGGGUGGGGAGGCAGUGCGAGGGUGCUCUCCGCAGCAGGUAGGAGCAGGCAGGAGUGGGGACGGGGGAGAGCUUGUGACUGGGGCAGUGAAAAUAAACGAUUGGCUCUUAUCAAUCACUUGCACCAACUAACCGUUUGUAUUUUCUUUACCGACCUUUCCCUUUUGGGAUAUGUGGUCUGGUGGGCUGGGAGGCUCACAGUGUCCCAACUCUCCAUUUUCCUGUGCCUUUGUGCUGUUUGGCUGAGGCAUGGAGACUGCCAGUGGGUGAUUCUAUUAUGCAGGAUUCCCAGGCCAAGAAAGCCUGGGGACUGUCCUUGAUUGCAGAGCAGAAUAGCCUGCCCCCUGUGUAAACACAUUGAUUAAUUCCCAUAAAAUUUUGGGGAGAAUGGGAUUGCAGCCCUCAGCCUGAAGAUUGUGAUUUGCCAGUCUCUAGUCUUUGUCUUCCAAGGUUGAAAGAGGUGGGAGGUCUCUGAGAUUAUCCCUGUUAGAGUGUCCUCUUACAGUGCGAGAGAAGGACCGUUUCUCAGGGUUUCGGCUCACACGAAAACACAGCAGGAUUCUUUUCACUGCAGCGGGAUGUGUAUAUAGGUGAAUCCUGUGGUGUGGGCUCCCAGGCCUAGGUGCUGAGAAUAGCAACUAUUUUCUACAGUGUGGAGGGCUCGUGCCCUGCUGGUUUUUUUGAUACACAGGUAGAGAGUGGAUAGAAGAGGGGAGGGUGGGGGGUGGGAGGCAGUUCAGUGGGGCUGCUGAACCUUGGGAAGAGUGAGUGUGAACGUGUGUAAAUGUGCGUGUGAAAGGGAGCACCCCUUCCUGACUUCCAGAAACAAAAUUCCUUUUGGGGCGCUUUCCCUGUGUGUCCCCAGAGAGGCCUCUAGCCAAGACUUCAUUUGGGAUAGUUUCAUUUGUGACUUUACCAAUACCCUCCCAGGUCUUGAUAGACAGCUGUAGGUUGCUGGGUUCAAGAAUAUGGGUGGGAUAUGGAAUGCUUUUUCAAUGUCUAGCUUCAGUUUUUAUUCAUCCUUCUGCUCAGCACUGUCAGCCGAGAGCUUACUCAGCAGACACCACAUACUGCAGCACUUCCUAGUGAGAAAAUCUGGGUUGUGCCACUAGAAAAUGCUUCACUUCCAUUUCCUCACCUGGGCAGCUCUCUUUAAAAUUGUGUGCUGAUUUGGUCUUCCUCUCCUCCUCCCACUGUUACUGCCCUGCAGCCCUUGUUCAGGUGUAUAGACCCUUAUUCUGCCCUCCAGUGUCUCUGUCUGUCAUGAUACACCCUUCCGCCCAAAUACCUCUGACCCCAAGGCUGGAACAGGGCUGGUAGGAGAUACGUUUGCUUUCUCAGUCAUGUCCUUUCUCUUGGCACUGCUUCCCUGCGGUGUCCUCAAAUGGAUUUGUGUGUGGCAGUGGAGUGAUUGCAUGAAUUUUUCUGUAAUACAUUAACUUUGUAUUAAGGGAGUUUGAGAAAGCUUUGCUUAUAGUGUCAAGGCAAGGAGGUAAAAACUGGAGCCCAAAGAAAUUCCCUUAGGGCAAGAUUAUGUUAUAAUAGAAAAUUGAAUUUCCUGAGGCAGUGGCUGCCACCCCUUUUCAGAUGUUUUAGUCCUGCAAAUAGCAUCUUUCUUGUAGUCUGUGACAUGGAUGGGGAUGCUAGGGCCCUCAGGGGCAAGGGGACUAAACUAAAUCAAGUUAGGUUUUUUCCCAGCAGAGAUUAGGGGAGGUACUUGCUGUUGAUAUUUGACACUAGAAAGUCAUCUUUUUUACAAAACUUUUUCUAGGUGGGUGGAAAGUGAAACUGCCACAUCCUUGUUGGUUUAGUCCAAGAGAUCAUUUGCAACAACAGUAGAUGUCUGGGUUUAGUUUCUGUCUUUUUAUGAUGAAAAACUUUGUUAAGGGGGAAAAUGUGGAUUAUGGUAACCAGAGGAAUCCGUAGCCUUGUUUUCCUUAGAACACUUGUUUAGUGUUUUAUCAGACGUCUGUUGUAGUGGUAGACAGGAAAGCUUGUGAGAAAAACACCACAUGGAGCCUGUAAAUGUUUUUGCACAACCUGUAAAGCAUUCUUGGAAGUGGCCAGUAAAAAAGGGUUUUACCAUUUAAAAAAAAAAUGUAACUGUGUCAUUGUUUACAUCUGUAACUUUUUCCUCCCCUGUUCUCAUUACACCAUUCUGGCGAAAAUGUAGGCAAAGUAGCUUCCAGUUUUAGAAUAAAUAACCAUUUGGAUUGAAUUCA